AGGAGACCGGUGCUUUGGCCAGCAGUGCUUCUCGGCCCUCUCCGUCCAGAACGCCAUGUCCGUCCAGCAGAAGGGAUGCAUUGUGGGGCGGGGCGAGGAGUCCAUAAAUUGCGAAAGCCCCCCAUCCCAUAAUCUGACGGUGGAGUGCUGCCAUGGCGACCUUUGUAACAUGAAUGUCACAAUGGCAACACCAGCGAGAGGUGACACAUUGUUCUCAUUGGAUUAGAGUCAUCGCACACAAGCUUUUAUCCCUCCUUCAACCUAGGCUUAGCACUAGCAAUGUGCUGAGUCAUAAACAUUUCCACUACCGAUACCUACCUACCUAAGCAGCACAUGACCACUUUGCACAUAGAUUUAGCUAAUGACACAUUUACAUUGUUCAAUUGCGUCAAGGCCAGUUGGGUACAUAAGUGAAAUCCGUGCAUAAACAAAACUCCUGGAAGAGUUGUUAUAUUCUCCUAAAUGAAUGAGAAUUACAAGCAUUCAUGGAUUUCUCUGAUCUCCCUCUCCUUUUUUUUAACAGAUGAGGAAGUGAUGCCUGUCUUGCAAGACAAUGAGUGUGUGUGUGAGGGGCGGUCGUGUGAGGGCUUAGAGCGCUGUACGGGCCAGCAGUGUUUCUCCUCUGUGAAGAUCAGUGACGGGUUUGUGGUUCCCCAGAAGGGCUGCCUUCAGGAUGACGACCAGGGGAGAGCCACCUGCGCCACCCCUCCCUCUCCCAGCCACAUAGUCAAGUGUUGCCACGGGCACCUGUGUAACCUGAACAUCACUGUGGAAGCACCAGUGAAAGGUAACCCACCACCCUGUUUUCACUGAAAUCAUUACUGUAAUUUUUUAUAAUCAUGGCUUCACUGAAGGUCCAUCUCACUUCUUUGUUUCAUGAUUCAUUUAGAUUUAAUUAAUGAUUAGAGGUACAGAAAUUCCUUAAAGCAGCAAUCAGCAGUUGAAACAAUAACAAAGAGUAUCCCUGCCCAUGUUUCGGUAAAUAACUGCGGGAUGGGGCUGGAGAAAUGUUACCACUCUCAAAUUCAUAGACAGAGCUAUAGGAUGCAAGGACUGACCAUCCAUGGUAUCACAAUUCUAUUAUUAUUAUAUAAUUUUUUGAGGCUAUAUAGUGUUUCUUCACAUUUAUUUUGUUUACAAACAGGAAAGCAAAUGUUAGAAUGGGGAAUAACUUGCUCCUGGGUGAAGUGUCCCCUAAGUACAGAUCUAGGAUCAGCUUCCAUCACCCAAUCCUAACCUUAACCAUUAGUGGGAAAUAUUCAAAGUUUACCCAAGAUCAGCGUCUAGGAGCAACUUCACCCUACUCUGUCUUUCUGUUACCUGUCCAGAGGAUAAAGUGAAGUCUGCCGGCGAGCACGAGUGUGUGUGCGAGGGGCGCUCGUGUGUCACCGGGCCGCGCUGUAUGGGCCAGCACUGCUUCUCCAGUCUGACGGUCAGCGACGGAGACCUGGCCUACCAGAAGGGCUGCUUCAAGGUGUACGAGCAGAGCAGGAUGACCUGCAAGACGCCGCCCUCCCGCGACCAGAUCGUUGAGUGCUGCCAGGGCCACCUGUGUAACAUGAACAUCACUGUGGCGCUGCCUGUC